AUGAUGCAGAACGGCGUUCUGGACGCGCCAUGCCCUUCUCACGCGCCCAUAAGACUCGCCAUCCUGUUUCCACGCUCGUUUUCGUUUCUAUUGGACCAAGUCGUUCCCGAUGCUGACGCGUUCAAGAGUGUCCGGAAUGUCUCCCUGGGCGCCAGAAGAGGGGAGAAGGACUUGAUGGGGAAGAUUGCGAACCCCGUGUUGGACAGGCGGCACCUUGAACCGGAAGAGGCACCCGAGAAGCGGUCGGUGAGGCUCACGGAAGGGAGAGCGACACUACAGCACGCAACGGCCCAGGUCGGUGCCACGCACAGAAUUGCGCGCCUGCACCUCCAGCGCGGUCCAGGCAGCUUUGGCCUGCGCCUGGCGAAGCAGUGGCCGUCCGCGGGAGCCGGCAUCGCAAUACGGGAGAGAGCCAUCAGUUUCCCGCUGAGCUCGGCAAUGACAAUUGGCCCCGGAAGUCUGCACCUCGCCAGCACCCUGCCGCAUCUGCCGGGCUUCGAGAAUGAUCAAGAAGAGGGAAACCACAGGCUCACCGGACUUCCGUCGCGCCACACAAAAAGCGAGGGAUUGGCUUUUUCCAUGCUAAAAUCUCGAAAUGGCGAGCGUCACUGGCUGGAUCCAGAGGCCGAGAACUGCAAGUGCCGUUCGGGAAGACGCGCCAAGUGGUCCGUCCUUUCUGGCUAUCGCGGCAAACCCAUCGAUAUCUCAGGUGGCGUUUUCUGGUGCUCGCAGGAGGAUGCAGGAUUGAGCCAGAAGCUCACGACACACCCCUCCUUCCCCAUGAAGUCGCCAAAUAUCCCGAUUUCCAGGUUACACACGGUGCAUCACCUGGUCAGCAGCGCCCCCAAGCCUCUCAGGGGGCCACACAGCAGGCAUUUGUUCCCCCGGCCGAUACCGCAGAUCUGGGAAGUCUGGAACCGAUUUUGA